AUGGACGCCCGCUCGGCCAAGUUCCCGCUCAACAGGCAGCUCGAGGCGCUGGCGGUCUACCGCAAGAUCUACGGCGAUCUCGGCGUGGGCGACGACUACGUCGUUCCAUCGACGUCGCGCGACUGGCCGGCCGACAUGCUUGGCGUCGACCUCGGCAACCGGGCCCGGCAGCUGCGCCAAGCCAAGGUCAAGUUUGAAGCUGAGAUCGAAAAGAAGCUCAAUGAUAUGGGCUUUCUCUGGAACCGGUCGCGCCACUACGCGCGUUUCUCUAAGCUCGAGCUACCGGCAGGCUGGAUUGUCGUCGGCCGCCCAUGGCACAACAUCUUGGACGGCCUCGCGACCUACCAUCGACUCGUGGGCCACUGCCGCGUGCCAGGCUCCUUCGUCGUGCCGUCCGACGACAACACAUGGCCCGUCCUGUCGUGGGGGCUCGUGCUCGCCGAAUGCGUCAAGCUCCUAGAGGUCCACAUGUACCAGCUGACGCCGCAAGAGUAUAGUAAGGCCCGAUCCCUCGGCUUGCUCGAGCACCUUCCCAUGUGGUUCGAGGUCGUCGAGCUCUUCGACUUGUACGACGAUCUCCACGGCAACGUCGACAUCCCCAUCGACUUUGACGUGCCGCCACUGCAACCAUGGCCGUCGCAGUGGCACGGCCUGCGCCUCGGCGAGCUCGCGUGGAAGCUGUGGAUCUACGAAAGCCUGCUACCGUCUUCGAAGCGACACGACCUCGAUGUUCUUGGCUUCAACUUCAACACGACGACAACGUGGGCGCGGACGCUGCAGGCGGUGCGUGUCUUCCUCGAGCUCUUCCAGCAUCUCUCGAUCCCGCUCUCGUACGUUGUGCCGGCGCAGGACGCUUC